AUUCCAUUUCCGCUUAUGGCGAUGUUUACACUGCCGACGUUGGGCGGCUAGCGGUGAGCAUCAACAGAGCGACCCGCAUUCACUUCCUUACGUUACAAACCUUUCGCUCACAUCAAAUGGCAUCUCCCAACCCCGCGGCCGGCGUCCGGGCUCCGCCGCUGGCCGCCGGCUGCGCCACUGUCCGGGGGAAGAAACGUCCCAACGCUCCGGCCGUCUCUGCCGCUGCGCAGGUGACCGGAAGCUGCAGCAGCAGCAGCAGCAAGAAGAAGAAGUGCCCGCUGACCGCUGCACCGACCGCUCAGAUCGCAGCGGUGGUGGAGUCGGUGCCUGAGGUGAAGCCGGUGACAGCAGCUGACUGCGGCCCCACCGGCAUCCCCGAGUGCACCGCAAAGCCCCCCCCCUUCAAAGACCCCGCGUUCAUGCAUUCUGGGAUCGGUGGCGCGGCGGCAGGUAAAAAGAACCGGACCUGGAAGAACCUCAAACAGAUCCUGGCUCUGGAGCGGACGUUACCCUGGCAGCUCAAUGAUCCCAACUACUACAGCAUUGACGCCCCUCCCUCCCUGAAGCCAACGAAGAAAUACUCUGACAUCUCUGGACUCCCUGCAAACUACACCGACCCUCAGACAAAGCUACGCUUCACAUCCUCUGAGGAGUUCUCCUACAUUCGCCUCCUCCCCACAGACGUUGUCACUGGCUACCUCGCCCUUCGAAAGGCAACAUGCAUCGUACCCUGACCGCCUGAAACCUGAAACGGGUUCAAACCAGAGCUGAUCUAGUGUCAGUGCAGGACGGGCACCGGCCAGGAGACGGAGAGCACAGGCUGCGUGUGUCUGCGUGUGGACAACCCAUCGGUGACUCGGACAUGUGUUUGCAUGACAAAAUAAAUGCAACAAAGGUGAAAUUUUAGGGGUUUUUCUUAGACGGAAGAAAAAGGAAUUUCAAUGAUCGCUUGAUGAUGUUUUAUUCCUAAAGGGGUCAGAAAAUGUUUAUCAAUUUAUUCAAGUCAGUGUCUUACAUGUUGUUAAAUAAACAGUUCUCAGAAUCCUAAAUGUUAUUUUCCCUCUAACUGCUCUUAUGAACCGCGGUGGAUUUAAUGUCAACUCCUACGUUACGGGCAAGGAUGCAUUUCAUCUCUUUGCUGUAGAACAUCAGUCUGCAUUAGUUAAAACACAGUUGAUUGGGUUACAGAUAAGUUGUAGACAAAAAAUGUUUAAAAUAAUGUUGUUUCAGAUUGAUACUUAAUACUCAUUAAAGCUCAUUUGAAUUGUAUGUUAAA